UCCUCUUGGCUGACAAGGAGGGGGAACCAACCCCAUCAGAUGAGGUGCUGGAUGAAGCUGUACCAGAGUAUCAGGCCCCUGGGAAGAAGAGCAUGCUGGCAAUCUGGCAGCUGGACCCUGAGGACGUGAGCCUAGUCAAGUACAAGCAGGCGCUGCUGGGACCCCUGCCACCCAUUGUGGACGCAAGCCUCCCCAACGUGCAGGUGACUAGGCUGACACUGAUUUCGGAGCAGGCUCCAGGGCCUAUCACCAUGGACCUUACAGGAGACCUGGCUACACUGAAAAACCAGGUGUUUGUCCUGAAAGAAGGCAUUGAGUACAAGGUGAAGAUCUCCUUCAAGGUCAACAAGGAGAUUGUCAGUGGCCUCAAGUGUCUGCAUCACACCUACUGGCGGGGCCUGUGCGUGGACAAGGCCAUCUACAUGGUUGGCAGCUAUGGCCCCAGGGCACAGGAGUAUGAGUUCGUGACUACGGUGGAGGAAGCACCAAGGGGCACUUUGGCACGAGGCCCCUACGUGGUCAGGUCCCUCUUCACUGAUGACGAUAGGAUGGACCACCUGUCCUGGGAGUGGUGCCUCCAUGUCUGCCAGGACUGGAAAGACUGAACCCCACAUGGGGACUGUGUUCCCAGUCUCUGUCAGUUGCACAGGGACCUGCAAGCAUUCCCUAAUCCCCCAGUUGGUGACCAGACACCCCACACCCUCUGCUGUGUCCUGCCCCCUGCCUGGCAUCCCAACAGCCCCAUUAAAUGUCACCCUGUCUCGCU